CGCGGGGCCGCCUGAGCGCGCGGCCGGCCCACCUCGCGUCACGAGGCACGUGAGUCAUCCGGGCCAACCGGCGGGAGCCUCGAUCCCGCUGCUAGAGCGGCUGAGGUGUGUGUGGGCUCCGGCCGCUCGAAGGAUUUUAAGUAAUGGCCCCUGGAAACAAAUUCAAGUACUCUGAACUGAUAUUACUGUGUGAAUGGGAAGAAUGCCUUUUUGUAGGAAAAUGCAUGGAGGAAUUUUGUGAUCACAUUGCAGAACACUUGAAAGAUUAUCAACAACAUCGUCUGGAAAGAACAGAGCAGUACCGGUGUUGGUGGAGAAAUUGUGAAUUUUUGGCUACAGGUCCCAGGGAGCUGGUAACCCAUGUAAAUUUUCAUAGUUACCACACCAAGUUGAAAUUCUUAGGCUCUCAAUUAAGCGCAUCGCACCAAGAUUGGCCAGCAUGUUCCCAGAACAGCCAUACCCAUAAUCAGAUACCAAGGAUGUCAGAGAUAUAUGCUUGCCAUUGGGAGAAUUGUGAUGUUACCUACAACAACCCAGAAUGGUUUUAUCGGCAUGUUGCCAUGCAUGCAUACUCUACUGAGAAAGAAAACAUUCCAAGUAACAAGAAAGCUGUUUUUUGUUGUCACUGGAAAGAUUGUUCAGGAACUUUUAAAGGAAAGCAUAAGCUUUGGGAUCACUUAAGAACCCACACUCAAGAAAGAGUGGUGGCCUGUCCCUCUUGUGGAGUGAUGUUCUCCAAUAAUACCAAGUUUUUUGAUCAUGCCAAGAGACAGGUUUCAGAGGAUCAACAAGUAUUUGUUUGUCAGAAUUGUGACAAACACUUUGCAAAUGAGAGGUUACUACGAGACCAUAUGAGAGGACAUGUUACCCAUGUUGCAUGUCCAUUUUGUGACAUGGUAUGUACAAGUGUCUCCUCUCUGAAAGCGCACAUCAGAUUCCGACACUGUGAUGAACGCCCUUUCCACUGUGAUCUCUGUGAAUGUAGUUUUAAGAAUGCUUAUGAUCUUCAUAAACAUGUUGAAACACACAAUGAUUCAAAUGCCUACAGCUGCGAUGUAGAAGGAUGUGUUUUUACUUCACGGACUUCACAGAUCUUGAAACAGCAUUACAAGAGAGCACAUAUGAGUAAUGGCAAUCUAAAAUAUAAAUGUCACAUCUGUCAGAAAUGUUUUUCUUGGUGUUACACCUUGACUCUGCAUCUUCGCAAGGCACACAAACUCAGCUAUCAUUCUCGCUUCAGAUACAAAGAUGAUGAUGAUGGGUACUUGAGGCUGAAUGUAGCAGUUUAUAAUGCUGUCAUGGGUUUAGAUCAGGGUCUUGAGAACAAGAUGGCACCAAAGAAGCCUUCAGUAGUUCAAAACAGUACUGGAAAAGAGAGCUAUGCCUCUUGCGAAAGAAGCCAUUCAUUAGUGGAACUACAUUCCACAAGAUGUCAGAGAUGGUCACAAAAUACUGCAGAAAAGGUUAUUGUGGAAUUGGAGACCUCCAUUAAGGAGCCAGUGUAUUUUGAAGUUCAAACUGCACCACAGUCAUCUGAAAGCUCUGCUGCUCCCUCUGAACUUGAUGAAGCAAUGACAUUGAAUAGAAAGGAAAAAAUAAUAGAAAUUGCAAUGGGCUUGGGAAUUCAGAUUGCUGUUUAAGAAAAAUGCAUUUUCUUGGAUUUUACCUUGGUCCCUAUUUAGUACUCCUGGAAGAGUUCAUUAUUUUAACUAAAUAUGACAUUUACAAAGAGUCUGCAUUGUUUUCACUUGUCACAUUUUGUAUGUAACAUUGUGUAUGUAUUUGUUAAAUAUGCUAAAUAAACUAAAUGUAUUUUAUCUGAA